AUGCAAGCAAGAAAGAGUCGUUCUCACGACAAAAUAACAGCGAAUGAUUCGUAUUUCUCUGGCGACGAAAGCCAACCAAGCAACCAUGGGAAAGCAAGGAAUUUGUGUAAGUAUUCACUAAACUAAAAGUUAAACAACUACCUGUUGAUGUGAGGCUAAGCUUGACAGAACAUGAGCUACAUGCUUGCUUGACUUAAUCCCAGCUUGGGACUCCUGAAAUCUGGUCCAGUGUAGGUAGUAUUCUACAGUAAGCUGCUGGAAAAAAACAGUCUUAAAUCAGAGAAGAUCCUUUGUCUGAAGGCUAGUGAGAUUUCAAGUACUUUUAAUCUUCUCUGGCAGUUGAGACACAAACCAGAACAGCCGUAAGUAAAAUCUUUAACGGCAUUUAAGAACUUUUAUGAUUGAAUUAUUUCAGCUUCACGUCGGCGUCGUUCUACAAAAGAGCACAACAAACGUAACUUACUCGCGAAGCAAAAUCAAACUGCAGAAACUUUACAAUGGUAAGUGGACGAAAUGGUGUUGAUGGUCCGUAAUGGUUAACGUAUGUGUCUUUUAUCUCUGUGACCAGAUUUGUGAGAAGAUUUGAGAAGAGUACAAGUACUCCGUUUUCUUCCUGGUCAACAAAGGAUGACUCUAAAGGCUGCAUUCCAGUUACGCGUUUUUCAUACGUGCGUACACGCACGUAAAAGUUGAAAUACAUAUAAAUAUGUUAAAAUACACAAGUAAAAUCAUACACAAAACUGAAUGUUGUCCUUUUAUAAAUUUAGUUAUUUCAAAAGUAGGAUGUAAAGCGAAUUCAACUUUUACGUGCGUAUGAAAAACGCGUAACUGGAAUGCAGCCUUUACUGAACUUCUAGGAAGAACAGUUUAGAACUGAUAGAGCUAUCCAGUAUAAACGAAGUUAGUUUAGUUGAGGUUUCCUCCUGUAGUAACACUGGAUCAAUAAGCUAGAGAUGAUUCUUACUGGACCUCUAGGAAGAACAGUUUAGAACUGAUAGAGCUAUCCAGUAUAAAUAACGUUAGUUUCGUUUAGGUUUUCUCCUGUAGUAACACUGGAUUAAUAAGAGAUGAUCCUUACUGGAGAUGAUCCUUACUCUAGGAAGAACAGUUCAGAACUGAUAGAGUUAUGAAUUGAAUUGAAUUUGAAUUGAAUUUAUUAAAAACUUGAAUGGCAGUUUACAAAGAAACUGAAAAACUCAAGUAACAAAUAUUAAAAUAAAAUAGUUAGAUUAGAAUAUAUAAAAAUAUAUGUACAAUACAAAUUUAUGCAUUAUUGUGUUAAGUUAUUAAAUUGGAAUAGUUCAAGGCAAGUCCCAUUUCCGUACGCAGGUUGGUAAAAAACUGUCAUAAAAUCUACUUGUACGUGUUUUAAAAAGUGGAAUGUUUCUAGCAUUUCUAAGGUUAUAUGAAUAAGAUUUCUUUCUAGGUAAAAGGUCAGAAGUUUUACUUGAAGUGCCAAAACUGUUCUCGUAAAACCGUUUACACAAGGAAACCCUCCGAUCAACAAGAGUGGGCAGAUUGAGUUCGUUCAAACCGUCUUUAUACGAUAAAUCAGGAUAGAUAAUUUUCAGAGCCCGGCGUUGAAUUUGUUCAAUUUGGUCGCACAAAAAUACAGGCAAUGAAAAAUGCCACACGGGGCAGGCAUACUCUAGCACAGGUCGUAUGAAGCUACAGUAUACAUUUCUAAGAUCCCACACUUCAACGCCGUUUCGUUUCAAUAUUCGAAUUGCAAAUAGACGUUUACUGGCUUUGGAACAUAUGUGGUCAAUAUGCGUCGUCCACUUUAAAUCAGCAGACAAGUACACUCCCAGAAGCUUAACAGUGUGGACAACUUCGAGAUGUUGAUUGUCUAUAGAUAAAGCAGGGAACGAAUGUGGGGCGCUAGACAGAGAUAUAUUGAAUUCUUUAGUUUUUGUGACAUUUAAUUUCAUAUUAUUCUUAACCGACCAUUGAUUUAUGUAGUCGAUCUCACGUUGUAAACUGGAUGACUGCAAGUCAAAUGAUUUAAUGAUUUCAGUAACCGCACAGUCGUCAACAUAUUUGUACAAUGGUGCAUUACAUCUCAGAUCGUUCACCAUAAUAAGAAAAAACAAAGGGCCUAAUUUGGUUCCCUGAGGCACCCCAGCUGCGAUUUGUUUCCAACUUGAUUUGUGAGUUCCCACUUUAACACGUUGUUGUCUUUCUUGGAGAAAGCUCGAGCACCAGUUUAAAAGCACCGGAGGGACCCCAAGGAUCAAUAGUUUAUGCAUGAGAAUGUUGUGAUCAAUUCGAUCGAAGGCUUUUGCAAAAUCGAUUAAACAAGUUCUGAUCAUCGUGUUUGGUGCUUCCAGGGCAGAAAGCCAAUAAUGAACUAAGUGUACAAGGGCAUGUGUAGUAGACGAUCUUUUGACACUUCCAAACUGGUAUGGAUCGAUAUGUGGCAUUACAAUAGGGGCAAGCCAACUAAACACAAAACUUUCGAGAAUUUUGCUUAGAACAGUAGUUAAAGAAAUCGGUCUGAGAUCAGAUUCGAUAGAUUUUGGUUGAGUGAUCUUUCCAAGUGGCAAUACAUCUGCUGAUUUCCAUAGUUUAGGGACUUCGCCAUUCCUAAUCGACGCGUUAAAAAUGGAACAAACUGGCUGACUUAAAUUAACUGCGCAACUUUUCAGCAGCCAAUUCAGCCAAUUAUUCAGUGAUAAAGUUAGUUUAGUUUAUGUUUUACACCACAACCGCCAGACGUUAGAUCAUGAUUGUUUCUUGUUGUUUUCUGAAGGUUAUCGGAGAACUACGAGCUGAUCCAAGGUGUUUGUGUCCCGAGAUGCGUGCUGUAUACUCACUACCUGGACUUUUGCAAGAAGAGAAAGUUUUCCGCUGUUGGUCCAGCGACAUUUGGCAAAGUAAAGAAACCUAGAGCUGUAGC